AUGGCAGCGAUCUCCAACAAUCAAUCGACUCUCCCCGUCAGUCCUUAUAGUUCAUCGUCUUGUACUGCGAUAUUUCCCGUUACAAUCUCAUCCGUCUCAGCUCUUGCAGCGAACCUGCGCACACUUCUUGUUUGUGACCUCCAGCUGUCGGAAAUUGUUCUAGUAUCUCCCCGAUCUCUCCAUGGGGAAAUCCGCAAAAUCCUUCGUACGGUAUUCUCUACAGAAGAAUCCAGAGAUGUGCACACAGAGCUUUCGUUGCUUUCGUGGUUACCAGACACGGACGAGGACAUGGUUAUCCUGCGCGCUGCUCGGCAGGCGACCGCCGAUUUUGUGCUCCUUCUCGACAGCAGCGGCCUGAAAAGUGUUGAAAAUGGCACUCACGAGCUACUGUUAUCAUUCAAGUCUACUUCGAUAGAUCUUCCCAUUGGGCCACACGGCUUCGCCUCUGUCUCUAGCAAUUUGACUUGCCUUUCAGCGUCAGACCAGCCGGAAUCUGCUGUGUUCUUGGUGCCACCACUUAUCAUGCCAUCAUCACUUGUACCUGAUAUUGACUUGACUCCCGACCCUACGUAUGGCGUCUGGUAUUCUCUGGGAGAGCAAGUUGCCCGAGCACGAUCAGACAUGUCUGGGGGACUCGUGAUUGGAUCUCGAGCAGCUGGCUCCGAAUGGUGUCCGUUUGAUCAAAUGCAAGACUUACAUCGAGCUCCUGUUGAUCCUUCCCCCUUUGAUCCUUUCGAUAUGCUUGGCCUCGACACGAUUCAGCUCUCUCCCAAUCUAAGCGUACACCAGUCGUCCGGCAUCUCAGCGAAUAUGGCAGACUCCUCCAGUUCAUUCCUUCUCCUGUUCCCUUCUCUACGAGAUUUGAGGAUGUUCUCUCCUGCUGCUUGUCGACUGCUGCGCCACGGCUACAGAUUGCACGCGCUGUUGUAUGCUGAGGCGGCCACACGAACAAAAGACUUCGUUGAUGCUGGAGAUCAUCAAGUGUUUUCUGACGCCGAUUGCCGACUCAAGUACGAGUCGUAUCGUUGGCCUGAAUCCGGUUUCAAGGCAGAAAGUGACAUCUCUGACUGGCUUCAAACCCUAGGUCCCGCCGUCGACGUGAUCAUUGCAUCUUCCGACCGCAGUCAACCUUCCUUUUACAUUGAUCUCCUGUUAGAAUACCGCCGUAAUCACGACAGACCAUCGAUGGUCCACAUUCCUCAGGGUGAUCUCCCCUACUGUGACUGGAUGGGGACGCUAUCAUUACAAGAGUGGAUGGAUUGGCAUAUGCCUCAAGUCGAUAUCUCGGUGGUCACAAAUGACAGACCUUGGUCACUCAAUCGUCUCUUGUCCUCAUUGUCAUCCGCGCGAUACUUUGGAGACUCCCUUGAUUUGCGCAUAAACCUUGACCAGACUGCCGACCCAGAGACAUUGGAUCUCGUGGACGAGUUUGAGUGGGAGCACGGACGUGUGUCCAUCCACCACCGCGUUAUCCAUGGUGGACUACUCCCAGCUGUUGUCGAGUCAUGGUAUCCACACUCCAACCACUCCUACGGCCUCAUCCUAGAAGACGAUGUGGAGGUUUCGCCGCUGUUCUACGCUUGGAUCAAGAUGUCUAUUCUACGCUACAGAUACGGCGCUCCCCAAAAUGUAUCUCCUCAGCUCUUCGGAAUAAGUCUCUACCAACAGAAGCACCUUGAACUCCGCCCUGAAGGACGCCACGCCUUCAACGCCCGUAGCGCAUUCGCAGCAGCUAACCUACCGGAUCCAAUCACUCCUUACCUUUCGCAGAUCCCAUGCAGUUGGGGCGCAGUCUACUUCCCCGAGCAGUGGCGCGAGUUCCACGCAUAUCUGGCAUUUCGUCUCUCCGAGUACGCCUGGGACGUCGACGAGGCUGUGGUGCCCGCAGUGCGCUCAAACAACUGGUCGCGCUCAUGGAAGAAAUACUUCAUCGAACUUGUGUACCUCCGUGGCUACGUCAUGCUGUACCCAAAUUACGAAGAUUACAUCUCUUUGUCGACAAACCAUCUAGAAGCUGGGUCCCACGUCAAGGACGUGCCGAGCGAGACUUACCUGCGGAAGAAGAGGCUCUUCUUGCUCCCGCUCAUGGCGCUGCCUGAUGUGAUUGACUGGUUGUCACCCCUUGUCACUGGACUUCUGGACCUCCCCGGCGGAACCCUACCUCGAUGGCAGGAAAUGCCUGUACUUGACCUGCUAGGAUUGCCGACCGCGGAGGAGUCAUUGGUGCAACGUGGAAGGCUCCGCAGGGACGAAUUGACUGGAUGUGUAGAUUCCCCGAUCACUAUGCACGAUGCAGCGGACCUACUUUGUCUCCAGAAUACCGUUUUUCAGCCCACACCGUGA